UAGGGUUUGUUUUUAGGAGACCAAUUGCACUUUUUAAAGACAACUUUUAUUUUACCACAAAAUGCAGAACUGCAGAAAAAUAUUACCGAAAAUUAUUAUUUGUGCUGAAAUACCCAACAAAUAAUAAAAACUCUAUAUGGUUACCAUUUUGAUGUUGAUGAGACAUUUUGAUUUAUCACAUUUUUCUAGGAUUUUUCUGUGGCCAAGAAUUAGCAGAUCUUGCAUUUAGUAUUUUCCCCUCCCUCAUUUACGCUGAUCACCAUUAGGGAUCCAUACCGUGAAUUUUUUAAGUUUGGACAUUUCUGCCUUUUGGAGCUUAGACUCUUAUUUAAAAAAUAGGAUUGAAAUUUUUAUUUGUUUAUAUUUAAAAACUUUUUUUUCUCUUACACUUUUUUUUUUUUCAGGUGCCUGGGCCAGUCAUGCCUGAGACAGCCUGUACAAGAAGACCUCUUCCUAUUGCAGGCACAGAGGAUUUCAAAUGGCCUCUUAGCCACUAUGGAAAACAAUUAGCAUCAAAUGAUUGUGUCACGGGGUGCCGAUCGGACGCGUGACAGUUGCAGCACCUGUCAGUUAACUGUCUACAUGCCACAAUCACUAUUGAUCACAGCAUGGAAAGGGUUAAACUGCAGGGAUGGGACGAACAUCUGAUGCUGGCACUUGCUGGCGAGUGUCGGCUGUAAAAUUCAGCUGAAAAAUGCUGCAUAUAAAGAAGGCUGAGCUCAUGAAUCAAUUACAGCCUAGCGCUGCAAAAAAUGUAAUUGGUUAACGAACACUGAAAUAGUCUGCGCCACCAACAGUUAGGGCUGGGCGGUAUGACCGAAAAUGUGUAUCACAGUAUUUUUUUGGAGUUGAAUGAAAAUUGCUGAAUUCGCUGUAUAAGGAUGUAACUUGGAUCUGUAAUCACUGGGUACACACACACACAAAAAAAAAAGAGCCUGCGGGGGUUAGGCUUCAGUGGCGCAUAAAGAGACCCGCUCACCUCCCCCCGAAGAUUCUCAAGUCCUAGCGAAAAAUCUGAAUAAUCAAGAAAGGGAGCAAGCCGCAGGGGCAGAAUAUAGAUGAGACAGGGGAGCUCAGCCAGCCGGCUCCCUGCCUCCAAUGCACACUGGAACGCAAUAUGAAUAAAACUAUUAACAUACUUAGGACUGCACAGAAGCCACCAAUAAAAGCUGGUAAGCUAUUUCCUGCUGGAGACAGAGCGGCAAGCUGUCUAGUUGAAGAUUACUCUAGGCCUUCUACUCCUCCUGUUGUACAAAAGUUUCUUAACUCAAGACGCCCCAAUCCAGGUGUACGGACAGUUUUCUAUGGCAAAGCUAAUGACCCUAGGAAGGAAAACUAUAUUAUUCAUGGUGUGAGCACUCGUCCUUCUUUAAGUGCUGGUUCAUUGAUAAAUGUGCCAUUAAAAACACUGUUCCAACAAAAACUACUGGAGAAGAAAGAAUCACUAUAUUCCAUUGCCAGGCGGACUCCUCUUGGGAAAUCUCAUGAUCAAGCAGCAGCAUUCCCAACUAACAUCAACUUUAAUGAAACUACAUUUGGGCAAAAAUGUCCACGCAGUUUAUCAGCAGAUGUUCUUAUUAAUCCUUCUAAAAGCUUGCAAGAAAUAGAGGAAGAAUCAUGCAAAGGACAUGAUCUUUAUGUGGUUACCCAUAAUGAUUAUGAUGUUGGUGAGAUAAGAAACAGGAAAUAUGACUGGACAAAAUAUAAAAAGGACAAUAGGUUUGGAAUUGAGACACCUCACUUCAACGAUGGCAGAAAAGUUGCACGAAGCUUAAGAUGGCUUCAAGGAUUUCAAAAGAAUAAUGAAGCCACCAUAGUUUCAAAGAGAGUUGAUGAUUUCCGGGAGCGCUCACAACAUCAACUUGGGAAAGUUUUGGACCCGAUUGCAGAUACUUUGAACGUUUCUUCUGAUCAUACUUUUGGUAUUCUGUAUCAACCUGAAAAAUACGGAGUCGGAGAUAUUCUUCACUACAGAGCCCCCAAAGAUUGUCUACGUGGUAAAGAAAGGCAAAGGGCUGAAUUGGCAACUGUGCAGCAACAGCUAAAGAAAGCAAACCAUCAUACUUUUACCUCACUUCUGGAAGCUUUCAAGCAUUAUGACAAGAAUGGUGAUGGAAAAAUCGAUAAGGAUGAUUUAAAAAAGACCUGCAAACAAUUUGGCCUUGGUUUGGACAAUGAUCUUUUUGACUCUUUAAUAGAAUAUUGUGAUGUAGACAAAGAUGGCUUGAUCAACUUCAUUGAGUUUGCAAACUUCCUUAACUGGAAAGAUAACAUGCCAAUUGGAAAACAAGCUUCACUUGAAGGUUAUCUGAAACCUGAAGAUCUCGUUUUGGAAGAAGGAGCAUCAGAGAAAACACUUAGGACACUUUCAAGGGGACAUCAAAGUCCAGAAUAUUACCAGACCUCAUCUUCUAGGAUCAAUGCGACUAUUGGAAGUCCAGGAUCUUCUUGCUAUCGCACCUAUGGCAUACCUACUGUUCGAACAGAUCUUGCCCCUCCUAGAUUACGCAGGAUCAGCGAUAGAAUUAAUUAUGGGGAUGAGUCAGAUGUUUUUGGUUUGUUGUGUCCGUCCAUCUUUACUGAACAUAUGGUCUAUGAACGCGAUCUUUUUAAAUCACGACCAAAGGAAGAGAUUGCACAGAUUCUACACAAUGUUGGCAUUAAUAUUCCUGAUAACACUUUUGAAGAGCUAUGGAAACUGGCUGCAAAGAGACAUCCAAGAGGAGAAGUUUCCGUAGAGUCAAUGAGGAAUGUUUUACAUGAUGUGCAGUCAAACACCAAAAUGUACUCAAUUGCUUGAAUUAAAAUGCACUACAUUUAUCUUUACUCUGGAAAUGCAUGUCUUACCCAAUUUAUUUUCUUAUUGUUAAUGUAUUUCAAUUGAACGUUAUGGAGAAUCAAUUAUGUGCAUGUUAAAUAUAUUUUAUUAGUUGUUUU